AUGGAGGAGGACCUUUUUACUCUUAUCGAUCGAGACUUUGAUGGCUUCCUUACGCUAGAAGAGACACUUCAGUGCUUUGAGCAUCUUGGAUUUAUACGGGACAGUGAAAGUGUGAAAUUGAUUGAAACGGAAUUUUCACAGUUUGUAGGAAAACGUCUUGACGAGUUUGGGUUUCGUAAGAUGGUGAAUAUUUUGUGUGCGCACUGUGGUGUACGUCUUGGCAGUGUGUGGAGUGUAUGCGUAGAACAGGCACUUUAUGCUGCCUUCACUAAGAGUGCCUCAAAACCUGAAAUGACUGUUCCACGCUCCACCAUGGAAUUCAUUCAACGCUCUCUUGUUGAAAGUGGUGAGGAAUACACAGGUGAUCCUUCUGUAUUUGCUGCUAAUACACCAGAUCAUCUUGACUACGGUGAUUUUAUUGAAUUUUUUCAACUAAGGUGGCCUCAUUUAUCAAGGGCAAAGGUAGCUUCAUUACUUUUAAAGUUGUACCCAUAUCAGCAGCAGAGUAAUGUUAUAGGUGUAAGUAAAAUGACAAGCUCCUCUACGCUAAAUCCUAGUGAAGAGAAGGAUAAGGAUAAGGAACAUGCUGGACCUGACGAAUAUCCAGAUAUGCUCUCCCAUGACUAUGUGGAAGCCCUUCUUAAAUAUGCAACUCUUCUGAAAGCUACGUUGCGGUUUAGAGAAGAACAAGUUAAGUCUGCUGAAGAACUUAUUACACAGAAUGCAAUUCUCCGUGAGUCACUAGCAGUGGCCACAGAGGAGCAUGUACGUGCACAAGGCCAGAUACAAGCAUUAACGCGAGAACUUGAAGUUUUAACUGAAGAACGUCCAGUACGCUCAGAUGCCAUUGCUGCAAUUCCACAGCAUGAUGCAGCAGGCAGGGAAUGGGAUGAUACCAUAGAUGCACUGAGCGAUAAUGUAAAAAUCCUUUCUCUCGUACGCCGAUUCUGUAGCCAGCGAGAGGAAGCUGAAGCAACACGUGAACUAGCAGAGCGUGCGAAGGAAAUACAACUUGAGAGGCAGCAGAAAUUUCUUCUUAGUUGGGAGACGGCACUACAUAACAAGGAAAGCGAGAUGAUCCAGGAGCAAUUAGAGACGAAGAGGAAAUGGUCGGAAGCAUUUAUGCUCAAGGAGCAACAACUCCGUCGCUUGCAAGAGAAUUUGGAGCUAAAGGAACUCCAGCUUACAGUACGUGAAAAGGCAUUGGCAAAGCGGCAACAAGCACAAUAUGAGCUUGACCGCGAGUCUAAUGAACUUUCAUUUGCUGAACGACGAAGACGUCUGCAACAGCUGGAGCGUAUAGAGGCCACCCUGCGUAAGCGUGAGGAGCAACUGAAAGCGCGUGAAGAAGCGUUUCUGCACAGCAAACAAAAUGUUGUUGAAGGGGAAAAAAACGAAGGAUAUAAGGCUCUCUCAUUUGCUUAA